UUCAAACACGCUGCUCUCUUACGUCCCGUCCGUGAGCAGUGAGCUGGCCGCGGAGGAGAUUUCUCCUUCUGGUCGGAUCUUAUCUUUUCUCCAACUGAGGCUCUUUUCUUGUCUUUCUACGCGCUUUGGCAGAUAUCGGAGUAGUGAGGUCGGCGCGUUGGUGCUCAGUCGGCAGCAGAUCUUUUUGUCCUUGCGCUGCGCCUCCGUGGCAAUGGAUUGAUUUCAGUGUUUUUUCUCCGACCUCUGCCUCGACCAAGUUGAGAAAACAGUCUCUCUAACCUGCGGCUCUUUUUUUUUUUCUUUUCUUCUUCCAGCUACAUGUUUCAUCCGGCCAGUUUUAAAAGUACCUGGCUCCGGAUGUUUCUGCACAUUUUAGGACUUUGAACUUUUUGGUUUUUUUCUCCUUGUGCAUUUACAGGAGGUGGAUUUUAAGGAUUUUUUUUUUUUUUUUUUUUUUUUUUUCUCUAAAUAAAAAAAAAAAAAAAAAUCUUCUCCGGGGGUUCCUGAAUCCUGCAAAGAUUUAUUUGUGAAAAGUGAUGGCCGAGCGGGGAGCUCUGUCGCUCCUCUCUCUCCUCUGUCUCACCUUUCUCCACACCGAGACCGCGGCGGCUAAGCAUGUCGACAAAGGUUCAGCAGCGCAGCCCUUCAGCCCCUUCUGGUUCACAGUGGAGCCCCAGGACACACUGGCCAUUCGGGGCAACUCGGCAUUGCUCAACUGCUCGGCCCACAGCGACUCGGCUACGACGGCGCGCAUAGAGUGGAAGAAAGACGGCACCUUCAUGAGCCUGGGUUCAGAUGAGAGACGACACAUUCUUCCCGAUGGCUCGCUGUUCUUCAACCAUGUGGUCCACUCUAAGCACAAUAAGCCUGACGAGGGCACCUAUCAGUGCGUUGUCACUAUCGACAACCUGGGAUCCAUUUCCAGCCGCACGGCCCGUCUCUCCGUAGCAGGGAUGCCCAGGUUUGCCAGCCAGCCAUCGCCGGCCACUGUGCAUCAAGGGAACAGCCAUGUGGUGCCAUGUGAGGUCAAUUCUGAUCUGGUGCCCUUCACUCGGUGGGAGAAAGACCGCCAGCCGCUGGAGUUGAGCGCCAGGCUGGUCCAGCUGCCCAGCGGAGCCCUGGUGAUCAGCAACGCCUCGGAGGCCGACGCUGGGCUUUACCGCUGUCUGGUGGAAAAUGUGGGGCCGUCCAAGUCCAGCGAUGAGGCUCAGCUCCAGAUAGUUCCAGAAACUGGAGAAGACAGGAAGCUGGAGUUCCUGGUGCAGCCUGUGUCUGUGACCAAGGUGGUGGGCGCCAGCGUGCUUCUGCCCUGCGCGGCCACCGGUUACCCAGUGCCGCACAUCCGUUGGAUGUUUGGAGACAAGCUGCUAGAAGAAAGUGAGGGUCGUGUGGAGCUGCUGGGAGGAGGUAGUAUCCAGAUCUCCAACCUUACAGAGGAGGAUGCCGGCAUCUACACCUGCAUGGCGGACAAUGCCAACGCAACCAUCGAAGCUCAGGCCCAACUCACCUUACAAGUUCCUCCCCAGUUUGCCAAGCGGCCAGCCAACAUUUAUGCCCAUGAGUCCAUGGAUAUCGUCUUUGAGUGUGAGGUUUCAGGCUCACCAGCUCCCACUGUCAAAUGGGUCAAGAAUGGAGAUGCUGUCAUCCCCAGUGACUACUUCAAAAUAAUUAAGGAGCACAACUUGCAGGUUCUGGGUCUGGUCAAGUCAGAUGAGGGUUUCUAUCAGUGCCUUGCAGAAAACGAUGCAGGCAACAUCCAGUCCAGCGCACAGCUCAUCAUCUUAGAUCACGACGUAGCCCUGCCCUCUUUCCCUCCCCCUUCACUGACUCCUAACACUACUGACCAUGUAACGCCAGGCUCCGGAGGCGUAGCCAGUCCAGCAGGGCCCACCCCCUCUGGUCCCCGAGACGUCGUGGCUUCGUUGGUUUCCACUCGCUUCAUCAAGCUGACCUGGCGCCCGCCGGCCGAACCCCACGGAGACGAGUUAACCUACUCUGUUUUCUACAGCCAGGAGGGCACUAGCAGGGAGCGAGUAGUGAAUACCAGCCGUCCGGGCGAGAUGCAGGUCACCAUCCAGAACCUCAUGCCAGACACCAAAUAUCGCUUCAGGGUUGUGGCCCACAACAGCAACGGCCAGGGAGAGAGCUCUGCAGCACUCAAAGUGGCCACCCAGGCUGAAGUCCAAGUGCCGGGCCCUGCUCCUAACCUGCAGGCGGUGUCGAACAUGCCAACCUCGGUGUCUCUGAGUUGGGACAAACCUGUCACUGGCAACGGAGAGAUCCUCACCUACAAGUUGUACUACACAGACAAAGGCGUUGGCACCGAACAGGACGUUGACGUCGACAGUCAGUCAUAUACCAUGACCGGGCUGAAGAAGAACACAGAGUACAGUUUCCGUGUGGUGGCCAACAACAAGCACGGUCCAGGUGUCUCCACUGAGGACAUUGUAGUUCGCACCCUGUCUGACGUACCAAGUGCUCCCCCUCAAAACCUCACCCUGGAGGCCCAGAACUCAAAGAGCAUCAUGCUUCAGUGGCAGCCCCCACCCCUUAGUGGUCAGAAUGGGGAGAUCACCGGCUACAAGAUCCGAUACCGGAAAGGAUCCCGGAGGAGCGAAGCAGCCGAGACCACUGGAGGCACCCAGCUUUUCAAGCUCAUCGACGGUCUGGAGCGUGGAACAGAGUACGCCUUCCGGGUGUCGGCCAUGACGGUGAACGGCACGGGACCGGCCACCGAGUGGACCACAGCGGAGACAUUUGAGAGCGACUUGGAUGAAUCACGUGUGCCAGACCAGCCCAGCUCCCUCCACGUCCGACCCCUGGUCAACAGCAUCGUGGUGAGCUGGACGCCGCCAGAGAACCAGGACAUUGUGGUGCGCGGUUACACCAUCGGCUAUGGCAUCGGCAGUCCCCAUGCUCAGACUAUCAAAGUGGACUACAAGCAGCGCUACUACACCAUCGAGAACCUUGACCCCAGCUCUCACUAUGUGAUCACACUGAAGGCCUUUAACAACGUGGGUGAGGGGAUUCCUGUGUAUGAGAGCGCCAUCACCAGACCACAGUCAGACCCCAUAGACCCCGAUGUUGACCUCUACGAAAUCUUCCAUGCUUCAUACACCCCAGUACCAGACCCCUCUCCCAUGAUGCCUCCUGUGGGUGUUCAGGCCUCCGUGCUGAGUCACGACACCAUCAAGGUGACCUGGGCCGACAACUCGCUUCCCAAGAACCAAAAGAUCACAGAUAACCGCUUCUACACAGUGCGCUGGAAGACCAACAUCCCUGCCAACACUAAAGUGAAGAUGGCCAACACCACUAGCCUGAACCACAUGGUGACGGGAUUGAAGCCCAACACACUAUACGAGUUCUCCGUCAUGGUGACCAAAGGCCGCCGCCUGAGCACGUGGAGCAUGACUGCACAGGGCACCACCUUUGAGACCAUUCCCAGCUCCUCCCCCAAAGACGUGACCGUGGUGAGCAAAGAGAACAAGCCUCGCACCAUAAUUGUCAACUGGCAACCUCCCUCUGAGGCCAAUGGAAAGAUCACUGGCUAUAUAAUUUACUACAGUACAGAUGUAAACGCUGAGGUCCACGACUGGGUUAUUGAACCAGUCGUGGGCAACCGCCUGACCCACCAGAUCCAGGAGCUUACGCUGGACACCACCUACUAUUUCAAGAUCCAGGCCCGAAACUCAAAGGGCAUGGGCCCCAUGUCUGAGGCCGUACAUUUCCGCACUCCUAAGACUGAGUCCUCUGACAAAAUGGCUAAUGACCAAGCUUCAAAUCUUCUACCGAAGCCAGGGCCUUCAGGAAACCAACAUCCACAGGACCCUGGAAAUGCAGUUGGGGUGGGAGGCAAUACUGAAAAUCACAUCCUGGUCAUUGUCAUCAUCGUCUCAGUGGGAGCCUUCACCAUCAUCGUGGUGGUGGUUGGGGCCUUCCUGUGUACACGGCGCACCACGUCCCACCAGAAAAAAAAGCGUGCUGCCUCAAAGUCCUCAAACGGCUCCCACAAAUACAAGGGAAACUCCAAAGACCUGAAGCCACCUGAUCUUUGGAUUCACCACGAGAGGCUGGAGCUCAAGCCCAUGGACAAGUCGCCAGACCCCAACCCAGUCAUGACCGAAACGCCAAUCCCCCGCACCUCGCAGGACAUCACGCCGGCUGACAGCACCCUGGACAGCAACCCCCACCUGCAGCAGCGGCGUAACUCCUACCGCGGCCACGAAUCAGAGGACAGCAUGUCUACACUAGCAGGCCGACGAGGGAUGAGGCCUAAAAUGAUGAUGCCUUUUGACGCACAGCCGCCUCAGCCUGUGAUUAGUGCUCACCCCAUCCAUUCCCUUGAUAACCAUCACCACCAUUAUCACAUGGGCAGCCUGGCGUCGCCGACACGCAGCUACCUCUACCACCAGGGCAGCGGGCAUCCACGCCCGCACGCCUGCGCCACCCCCAUCUCCCAUCUAGACAGGGUGGACUCUACAGAGUCAGUGAGGAAUACCCCCAGUUCAGAGCCCCUCCCUCCAGCCACCGCCUCCUCCCAGGUCUCCUGCCCCUCGGAGAUCAUGGCCGACCCCGAGGGCAGCUACCACGGCUCCACCACCACAGAGGAGGAGCCCAGCUACUCCAGCAACCUGCCCCCUCACCGCUCGGCCCACCCGCACGCCCACGCCCACCCACUCAAGAGCUUCGCCGUACCUGCAAUCCCAGCCACCAGCCAUCCAUCGUACGAGUCACCUGCCCUGCCCAGCACUCCCCUGCUGGCUCAGACCGGGCCUCCCUCUCACCCCCACGUUGUUAAAACAGCCUCUAUUGGAACACUAGGAAGGACACGAACACCGAUGAUAGUCACCGUGCCCAACGCCCCUGAUGUGCCAGAGACCAGCAAGAUGCUGGAAGAUGUAGACAGCGUGCUUGCCUCCCUCCCCCCCUGCCCCUCCCCCGCCCCUCGCAGUAACCCUGUUCCUCUCCCUCAGAGCUACGAGCCCGACGAGCUGACCGAGGAGAUGGCCCACCUUGAGGGCCUGAUGAAGGACCUGAACGCCAUCACCACAGCGCCAUGAGCAUGCACACACACCUUCACAACACAUGUAGACACACUUUCUCUGUCAUCCACACACACACACACACACAUACAGAAAGACACACUCUCGAAAGUCAAACAAAACGCAACGAAACAUAAACCUUGGGAACCAGAGGCUGGUGGACACAAAAUGGCUUCUUGUGCCCAAGAAAAACUCUCAUGUCCCCCUGCAGAGAAAAAAAAACAAACAAACUCCAGACUGAAACUUAGGAACUUUUUUUCAGCUUACCUUGCUCAGUCUCAGGAAGGAGAUUGCCAUGAGAGGGAAGAAAAAGUGUCACACUUCAUCUUUUUAUGAAGAACCAUUCUCAGAGACAAUGAACUUUAAAACAUUGGUCGCUAUCAACCGGAAGAUUGUGAAUUUUUUCCUCAGCAAAAAUACGUACGGUAGGUUUUUUUUGUUGCUAACGCUCACUCAAGAUGAGACAACGGUUGAUUCAAUGUCAAGUCAAAAGGAGAAAGUCCAAAAAUAUGCUGGUUUUGAUGUUGGUGCUCAUGCGGCGCAGUCUACACACAGUGUUUGUUUGAUUAGUGUUUUCUUUGUGCAUUUUGUAUAUCUAUUGGGCCGUUUCAGUGAAGUGAACAUUGGAUAUCAGCCCCCCCUUUACAAGCCUACAUUAUUCAUAAACGUGGUCAUUUUUGUUUUGUUUUUACCCCCUUGUGUCAUAUAUUGUGCCAUGACUUUUUAUUAUUUUCUAUGUUAUUGUAUUAUUUUUUUACACGCAUAUCCUUAUAAACAUGUACAUAUGUUGUGUUUUUUUUAAACUGCCUCGUUCUUUUGAUGUUUCCCAUGUUUCAUUAUUAUUAUUUGGGAUGAAAGUGGGAUUACAAAUGAGUCCUGAAGCUCAGUUUUCAUAUCAAAAGGGGAGAGAAGCCUGAUAUGUUUCUACAAGUACAUUCUUCUCUGGCAUUGUGUUGCCCGCUUUGUACAUUAAAACGUCUUCUUUUUCAGUCUUUUGUUUGUUGUGGGAGCUCCGUUUUAAAAGCCUUACCAACGUGUUUGUAUGUUGGACAGUCGAGAUGACUCGGCUCUCCGCGGAUGUCGCUCAGAGUUGUGCUGUCACUCACUGCCAGUGACAGGCAGUUUCUAUAUAAAUCUGUGGGACUUGACAGUAUCUCCUCACAGGUCAGGGGUACCCAGGACUCAGGGCGCUGACCCCCCCCCACCCCUACUAAAAAACAAACAAAAAAAAAACUCACAUGCCACCCAAUCAAUCAAUCACCUGCAACAGACGAGUUAUCUUUUUUACGAGAAGUUCGGUCGAAUAUGUGUGUCGUUUCAAAAAACCAAUAUUUGGUUUCAGACGUCUGUACUGCUGAACCACGUGUGCAUUUUCCCACAGCGGAGUGUGUUUGCUGUAUUUUCCUGCUGUUCUUCAUCUGAUGCCCUGGUUCUUUUACAAAUCUUAUAAGAUGCAAAGAUGUUGGCCUUUUGAAUGGGACUCCCAGAUUUUUUUUUACAUGGUAGUUUUUGUAUGAAGAAGAAAAAAAAGAAGCUUGUUCUAUACACAAAUCCGAUGUAAAAAGGAAAAAAAAGUUCAUCUAAGAAACUAGUUUUUCAUUACCCUCUUACCCAAAGAAAUUUGUCAUUUGCAAUCAUAGUAAUUUGCUCUACUUUUGUGAAUACCAUGUUUCUCAUAAAUGUACAUCGUCAUGAAUGUCAAUAUAACUGUAAGAGAUUUUAACUAUGGAUACAAACAAGGAACAAGUUUUGGGGAAAAAAUUAUUGAGAACAAACUGGGGGGAGAAAAAGGACCGGACUCCAUUUGGGAAAUAAUCUAUUGAGUUGUAAACAGUUGAACCUGUAUUGCACUUUUUCACAAUUUUUGAAAAGUACAUUUCUUACAUAUCUUGUGUUUUAAAUAUCAAAAAGCUGUUUGUGUAACGUAGUGUCCUAGGUAAGCAGCAGGCAGCUGGUCUUGUUUUUUAUGUUUAUUUUUUUUGCUUCAGAGAUGAUAUGAAUUUGAGCAGCCGAGUUGUUCACUUCGCAGCUCAUGAUGAUGAGGAAUUCUGUUGUUGCUUGUUCAUGUACAGAGCUUUCUUUGCUUUCUGUAGAAAAAAAAUCUGUGGCUUUUUAAAAAAUGUUGAAAAAAUGUUUGGAAAAAAAGAUGUUUUUUUAUUGGUGCUCCUAUACAUUGUGUAUACAAACUAUUAUGAAUACUAACAAAGUAAA